AUGCUGCUAGCGACCCCAGAUUUCGUCUCAAAGGACCUGAAAUUAUGGACACGAACUCGAGCUUCCCCUUUCUUUGACCGGCCAGUCUCGAAUGUUCGCACAGUAAGCCAGCUUGGGGCUCUAGCUGUCCUGACUAUCGUAGUCAUCUUCUUCUUGGACAACAAAUUUCGAGUCCUACCCUCCGCGAUCCACAAUGCACUUCCUGCGCAUCAUCCUGGCCUGGUGAUCACCGACAUAACGGUGACCUCUUGCUCGCGCAUAAAUGUUUUCUCGUCCUGUAAACUCGACUCUGAAGUAUGGCAUCGAAUAGAGAAGGACUUAUACCUGGGGGAGGGCUGGGUUAGUAGCGCAUUCGUACAUAUCAAGCGAAAGAAGGAGGAGGAACUUUUAGCAGAGGACAAAGUGAUUGUGGAUGUAAAAGUAGGGAGGUUGGAUCCCAGUACCACGGUGAAAGGGGAGGGUGAUGAGAGGUGGGAGUCAAGGCCUGCAGGAUUAUGGUUGAAACGGUCAGCACAACGUCAUGCGAGCGAUUCGCACCAAGCUAUCACAUCCGUGGAUGUCUUGUUUGGAGCAGAUGCGGUGGAUCCGCGAGAUGGAUGGCAGAUGGUCGGGACGCCCAUGCUACUGGAUACAAGUGGAGAGGGUCAUGAGGCUAGGUUGAGUGUGAGGAGAGGCAAGGAGGCACCACACUCUAGGCCAGUGCCCAGGAUAAAUGAGAAUGGAAAGUUCAAGAUCAUGCAGGUUGCGGAUUUGCACUUGAGCACUGGUACGGGAGCUUGCAGAGAUGAGAUGCCAGUUGGUCAUAAUGGUGGGAAAUGCGAAGCGGAUCCCAGGACGUUGGAGUUCGUGGGGAGGCUUCUAGAUGAAGAGAAGCCGGAUUUAGUGGUGCUGAGCGGAGACCAAGUGAACGGAGAGACCGCUCCAGAUGCUCAAAGCGCGAUAUUCAAAUACGCCGAGCUCUUUAUCAAGCGCAAAAUUCCUUAUGCUACCAUCUUUGGUAAUCAUGACGAUGAAGGUUCACUUCCUCGCGCUGGUCAGAUGGCCUUGAUCGAGUCUCUGCCAUACUCUCUUUCGGCCGCUGGCCCUGAAGACAUCGACGGGGUUGGAAACUACUACGUGGAGGUUCUUGCACGAGGAAGUUCCAAACACUCCGCACUUACAAUAUACCUAUUGGAUACACAUGCCUAUUCGCCCGAUGAGCAUAACUUCAAAGGAUAUGAUUGGCUCAAGAAGAACCAGAUAGACUGGUUCAAAGCCACUGCUCAAGGGCUGAAGAAGGAGCAUGCUGGCUAUACUCAUAUCCACAUGGAUUUAGCAUUCAUCCAUAUCCCACUUCCCGAGUACCGAGAUGACACCCUUCCUCGGAAGGGAGAAUGGAGAGAAGGUGUCACAGCACCAGCAUUCAACUCUGGUUUCAGAGAUGCUUUAGUUGAAGAGGGCGUUGUAAUGGUAUCUUGUGGUCACGACCACGCAAACGAAUACUGCGCAUUGACGAGUAACGAAGCAAAGACCCCAGCUAUGUGGAUGUGCUAUGCUGGAGGAGCUGGAUUUGGCGGCUACGGAGGCUACGGCGGAUAUCAUCGCCGAAUCAGACUGUUCGACGUCGAUCUAAAUGAAGCUAGAAUUCGGACUUGGAAGCGUGUUGAGUAUGGUGAUACUGGGAAGCGGAUCGAUGAGCAGAUCAUUGUUGAAGGGGGCCGAGCCAGAGCGCUUGAUGCAUAG